AUGGCUAUGAUACAGCGCGUCUCGUCAAUGGACGCCAUACAUACCUGGAGAAGCCGGUCUGUCUCGCCCUCUGGCAGUGAGCGCCGCAAGCUCAGUUUCAAUCCAGUCCAAGCAGGCGCAUGGGGCCCCGCUGCCCAGGAGGAGCUGCUUCCUGCCUUUGAGGUGUCCAAGGCUAAGCGCAUAUUCCAGGUUUUCGCCGCCGUCGUUUAUUGUUUGCUGGCCGCCGGUAUUGUCUUUGGCUAUGCUGCAAUCAAGCCAGUCUUGAUCGCCCAGGGUGUAUACAGAGAUCGCUGUACCGAUCUUGAACUGGAAAACGGUGCGAGGGUGUGCUAUGAACAGGAGCUGAGGCUCAACUUUAUGUUCACUGUGGCCGCUGUCUCGACCAACGUCUGCGCUCUUCCCGUCGGCACUGUCCUCGACCGCUUCGGCCCCCGCGUCAGCGGUCUGAUCGGAGUCGUUUUUCUAACGCUCGGCGCUCUUUUCUUCGCCUUUGCUGGAGACCUUUCCUUCGAUGGAUAUAUUCCCGGAUAUCUUUUCAUGGCCUUGGGCGGCCCGUUUGUCUUUAUCUCUUCAUUCCAGCUCAGCAACACCUUCCCCCGCUACUCGGGCCUCAUUCUGGCCUUGCUCACAGGCGCCUUCGACACCUCGUCGGCCCUCUUUCUUUUCUACAGGCUGCUGUACCAGGCCACUGGUGGCGACCUCACCCUCAAAAAGUUCUUCCUGGUUUACCUGGCCGUGCCUGUAUAUAUCUUUAUUGUACAGAUGACCCUCAUGCCCAGCAAGUCUUAUGAGACCGUGGGAGAACUUGCCAGCCGCGCCGAAGAUGCAGCGACUGACUACCAUGACUCGGACGAAGAUAUCCAGGAGGAAUCCAUCAUUCAACGGCUGCGCAACGAUCGACGCGCUCGCCGGGAGAGCCUUGCCAGCGAGAUCACCGCGCUGUUGGAUGGAAAGGACGCCACAGCGCGGGCCGAAGAGCAAGAGAAGAAGAAAGAAAACAGCGGUGUUUGGGGAGCGCUCCACGGAAAGACGGCCGCGCAGCAAAUCCUGACUCCUUGGUUCAUUCUCAUCACGCUCUUUACCGUCGUCCAGAUGACCCGCAUCAACUACUUUGUCGCAACCAUUCGAUCGCAGUACGAGUAUCUGUUAGGAGACUAUCACGCAGCCGUGAAGGUCAAUUCUUUCUUCGAUGUCGCAUUACCCCUUGGUGGUGUCAUCAGCGUCCCCUUCAUCGGACUUGUGCUCGACAACACCAGCACACCUUUCGUGCUAGCCCUCCUAGUGGCCUUCGCAACCACCACUGGUAUUCUCGGAGUGAUCCCUCAACUAUGGGCGGCAUACGCCAACAUCUGUCUCUUCGUGGUGUAUCGCCCGUUUUAUUACACCGCAGUCUCAGACUAUGCCGCCAAAGUGUUUGGCUUCGCCACCUUUGGAAAAGUGUAUGGUUUGAUCAUUUGCCUGGCCGGCCUCCUGAAUUUCCUCCAGUCCGGUCUUGAUGCACUGACCCACCGCGUCUUCCACAACAACCCGGUUCCCGUGAACAUUAUCCUGCUGGGGGUUGCAUUCUUUAUUGGCCUCGCUCUUGUAACAUUUGUCACCUGGAAAAGCAGGUUGAUAAACCGCGAGCGUGUCGAGGAGGACGCCGAAGACGCACGAGAGGUCCUUAUGCCCGGCGCUGAAAUGGGCUUCGAGAGCAUGGAUCAUGCAAAUGGUAUCCAUGAUGGGGAUGGAGGAAGCCCUCGUCAAGGUAGAGCCCACUAUGGAACCUUGGACUGA